UCUUCGCUGCUAACGGCUAAGGCUACGGAGCGUGCAGCGGACCGGGCAGCGCCGCUCCUCCGGUUCUCCUGUCCGCUCCUGCCCGCUCCUCCUCCCGGUAUGAUGCCCGGGGACGCCGCCAUGACCUCCAUCGUCCAGAGAAUCGCCCGCCAGGCGCUGCUCACCUUCCGGAGCCCCGGCAGUAAGUCGUUCCCGGAGCACCACGGGAAGCUGCAGAGCCUGGUGACCGAGGUGCGGGCGGCGGACCUGAAGCUGGUCCCGCGCCGGGCGGAGGACGGUCCCGGGGCUCUGCCGUACCAGCACGCGCCGCCGGUCACCUACAUGCACAUCUGCGAGACGGAGCACUUCAGCAUGGGGGUGUUCCUGCUGCGGAGCGGGGCCUCCAUCCCGCUGCACGACCACCCGGGCAUGCACGGCGUGCUCAAGGUCCUGUACGGGAAGGUCCGCAUCAGCUGCUUCGACCGGCCGGAGCGACCGGACCGGGCAGCCGCCCCGCGCCGCUCCCUGCUCCGCUCCACCGGCGUGUACACCGAGGACAGCUCGCCCUGCGUGCUCUUCCCGGACCGGGACAACCUGCACCAGAUCGACGCGGUGGACGGACCCACGGCCUUCAUGGACAUCCUGGCCCCGCCGUACGACCCGGACGACGGCAGGGACUGUCACUAUUACCGGGUCCUGUCCGGGGCGGGGGGCCGGGCGGGACCGGGACCGGGAUCGGGGCCGGAGGAGGUCUGGCUCCUGGAGGUGGCACAGCCGGCGGACUUCUGGUGCGAGAGGGAGCCGUACCCCGGCCCGGAGGUCCGGCUCUGAGCCCCGGGAAGACCCCCACCGGGACCAUAAAACGACUUUGACCCAGAAUGUAACUUUAUUGCACAAAACUUCAAGUUUGCUUCCAACUGCAAGAAAACUGGAAAAAUUGAUUUAUUUUAAAAUUUACAAUGAAGAAAGUGGAGAAAAACCAAGACUCCAAUAAUCUGGAAUAAAGUCUGAAUCUGAGAUUAAAGCUUGUAAAGUAUUUUUCAUAAAAGAACUGAACAGGGAAAGAAGAAGAAAUACUGGAUAUAACUAAAUCAAGUUCCAAUAUCAGUUUGUGGAGAAUUGGAAACUUAUUUGGAUAAAUAAAUCCAAACAGUAAGAAGUUCAGAUUAAAUUCACUCAGGAAAUAAUCUGAAAUGUUCACAAUACAAAAAAAGAUUAUUAUAUAAAUAAAUUAAAUGCACAUUGUGUUGAAUUACAUUUAGGGAAAGAGAAUUUAAAAAAUCCCUCAUAAAAAUUGUUCCCUUUUUUUUUUAGAAUGAAUUUAAAUGUCAGCUUUUAUAUUUUGUUCUAAAAACAGAAAAUAUAUUUUAAGUGGAUACGUGAGGGGACUUUAUGUUAAAUAUAAAGAAACAAAUGAAAAUGAAACUGAUAUUUCUGGAUCAUAAUUUCAAUUAUUUGAAAAUUAAAAAAAAAUAUAUUUUUUAAAUGAGGUUAAAAAAAUCCACAUUCCGGCCAUUCAAAUGAAAACACCAAACUUUAGUUGCCUUUUGGGUUUCUGUUCACAUGACGAUGGCGCUCGGAUCCUCUGAAACAUCUUCAUGUAAAUGUAAUCUUAAAUUUUUAUGUGGAAUUUGAAGGAAAAUCCAAAUGUUGAAUUUUGGAAAAUAAUCUGCACUUUUCAGACUUUAGCAGAUUAACGAAUAUACAGAGUUUGCUGGAGGUUUUCAGGAUCAAUGUUGAACUUUGCUCAGGAUGGUUUCUGUUGAUCUGCAGAGAAAAUUGAACUCAAAGAGACAAACUGAUGCUGCAGUCGAAGACGGUCUGGAAGUUUGGAAGUGGAGUCCCUGAACGCCUCAGAGUGUUUGACCUUCAGAUUAUAAUCCAGAUUUCUGUUAAACAUGUCUCUGUGGACUUUCUCUAUGAAGGUCAUUUAUUCAGUGUUUUGUAUUUUAAUUUAAAGACAAUUUUUGAAACAUAUCAAUGUUUUCCUCAUUAAAU